AUGAAAUAGAAGAUAUUAAAAAGGAAUUAGAAUUAGAUACGAAGAAAAUUUAUCUAUUUAGUUAGAAGACAAAAUAAUGAUUAAGUAAAAGAAACUUCAAAAUUUAAUAGAUAAAACAAGAGAUCAAACUAAAUAAUAUAUUUUAAACUAAUAAAAUUUUUAAUUUAUUGUUAUAAGAAAUGCAAAAGUUUAGAUAAAGGAAUCUAGCAAACAACCACUUCAAAAAAAAGUGUAGGUUAGAAAAAUGUGAUAUUUAAAAUAAGUAAGUUAACUCUUUAAAUAAGUUGA